AUGUUCAUUUUGAACUUCAAAGACAAUGCAGAGCUACAGUAUUUAGGCUGUUUGAGAGCUGUGCAUUUCAAGGAAGAAGACUUCACAAGUGGGUUGAAGCCUUUAUAUACAGCCAGUGAAGAGUGUGGCCUGAGCGAGACCACGCACACUAACCUAAAUGAAGUGAAUGAUAAGGUUGUGCUGGCACAGACGCCUCCAUGUUUGGACAUUGAUGUAAGUGUUGUAAGCAAGCCAGUGCCAUUGGGGUUAUACAACCAUGAAGUGAAAGAUGAAAAUGUGUUAGAGUCAGUUCCUUCAGAGACAUUGUGUUUAAACAGUGCAGAGUGGGGUGUGAAGGCAAUGCUGACCGGUCUGUACAACAAUGAAGUGAAGGAUGAGGUUGUGCCGGAGUCUAGGCUUUCACAGACACCCUUAUUUCCAGACAGUGUUAAGCGUGAAGUGAGUGAGGCAGCCAUGUGUACUGACCUUAAUAAUGAGUUUGUUCCGCCGAUGUUCCUGGCUUCACAAACUCCCUUAUGUUCGGACGGAACAGAUAUUGUCAAGCAUGAGGUUAUGCUGCCAGAGUCUAUGCAUUUACAAGCCUUAAGUUCAGACAGUGUUGAGCGUGGAGUGAACGGGGCAGUCAUGCGGAUUGGCCUGUGCGACCAUGAAGUUAAGAAUGAGGUUAUACCAGAGUCCAUGCCUUUACAAAAUAGCGCAGAUGGAGUGAGUGAGGCAGCUAUGCUGGCUGGCCUGUACAACGACCAUAUUGUCAAGGAUGAGCUUGUGUUAGGGCCGGAGCACCCACAUAGGCCUGAUGCAAUACUGACGGUUCCCAGCUGGCUGUUAACGGGCGACUGGUCUGCAUCAACAUCAACAAACCCGCGUACUCGCGGCCUAAGACAGCUUAAAAGGUGCUCUGUCAGACCAAAACGCCUCCAACACCACGAGGCGCUCACCGACCACCGAGGAACCAAGCUGAACUCCCAUACUGACGGGACUCAAGAGGUUAAAGACUUUACUCAUGACAGAAAAGAGAGAGGAAAAAGAGAAUCUAUAUGUAGUCUUUGUGGUGAGGUGUUUGGUCUGAAAUCAGAUUUGAUGAAACAUAUCAUGAGACAUAUACAUAUGCCUAGAAGGAAGGAGGAAGAGAGAAACAGCAUCUCUGAUUGUGAGAAAUUGAAGUCUUCGAUGCGUGACUGCUGGGUGAGACUCGAGCGCCGUGUCACGAUUCAUCGCGAGCUCGAAACCAAGAACGUAGAAUCAAGCAAACAGGAAACUGUAUCACAUCAGGAUAGUGUACCAAGGCAGGAUACUGUACCAGGACAAAUAACUGUACCACAACAGGAAACUGUAUCACGGCUGGAUAGUGUACCACGACAGAUAACUGUACCACAACAGGUAACCGUAUCACGGCAGGAUAGUGUACCACGACAGAUAACUGUACCACAACAGGAAACUGUAUCACGGCUGGAUAGUGUACCACGACAGAUAACUGUACCACAACAGGAAACUGUAUCACGGCUGGAUAGUGUACCACGACAGGAUAGUGUACUACGCCAGGAUAGUGUACCACGACAGAUAACUGUACCACAACAGGAAACUGUAUUACGGCAGGAAAUGCACUCCGACGCUAUCCAACUUACUAACACAAACACAUACGCGUGCGACACAUGCGGUGAAACAUUUAAAAAUAAAAAAGGCUUAAAUAGUCAUAGUAGGGUGCAUCUAAGUAAGGUUCACAUAUUACCUAAUAAAUCAGAAUUAAACCGCAAAAGCGGUACUGGUAAAAAGUCCUAUGUCUGCGAAUUUUGCAACAAAGUUUUAAAAUGUAAACGUUCUAAAUACAGACACGAAUUAGCACACAAAGGAGUGAAACCAUAUUCUUGUAACAUAUGUAAAAAAUCGUUUGCAAGAGCAGACUACGUAAAGCUUCAUACACGGACGGUACACCGUAUUGACGAAAAAACGUGUGAUAUAUGUCAAAAGAAGUUCAAGCAUUCAGAUGGUUUAAAGACCCAUAAACUAUUAAUUCACAGUCACAACAGGAAAUCAUACUCUUGCGAAAUUUGUGGAAAGCAAUUUAUAGGUUUGGGCAAUUUUAAGAGACAUAAACAGAUUCAUAUAGCAGAACGUAAAUACCAGUGUGAAAUAUGCAAUAAGAAGUUUACUAUAAAGGCUUCGCUAAGUAGACAUCAACUAGUUCACACUGGUGAGAAGCCUUACGCUUGUGAAAUCUGUAGAAGGCAGUUUUCACUAUUACAUGUUUUAAAAGUUCAUAAACUAAUUCAUAUGGGAGAAAAGCCGUAUUCGUGUCAAAUAUGUAAAAAACAGUUUUCACAAUUAUCUAGUUUAAGCUUACAUAAACGCCUUCACGAGGGUAUAAAACGUUACAUUUGUGAAAUCUGUUCAAAAGCGUUCAUGCACAUGAGUACUUUAAAGAAACAUAAACUUAUUCACAUAGGUGUGAAAACACAUCUUUGUGAAAUAUGUGACAGACGCUUUUUGCUAGUGGAUACUUUAAAACAACAUAUAAAAACACAUUCUGGGAUAAAACCCUUCUCGUGCGAAAUAUGUAAGAGGGCAUUUAUGACCUCUUCUUAUUUAAAAAAACACAAACGAAUUCACAGGUGAAAAGCCUUACUGUUGUGAAAUAUGUCUAAAAUGUUUUGCACAGCGGAGAACUUUGAAGAGUCAUAUACUUUUACACGCAAAAGAGAAGCCGUUUUCGUGCGAUACGUGCAAAAAGGCGUUUCAUCGGAAAUAUCACUUAAUCGUACAUUUAAGGACUCACGAGAGAUAGAUUGCUCAUGAAACACGUCAUUAUGUGCCGUUCACUAAUGAAAUAAUGAACCGUGACUCUGGCCAAAGAGGGAUUCGAACCCACAUGUUAAGAUUGCCGGUCCAUCGCGCUACCGAUCCUAGGACGUGGGCCAUGUGGGUUCGAAUUCCCCAUUGACCAGAGUUAAUUAUAGUUCAUUCAUCGUGUCAGAUCUGUGUGUUAAGCUUUUUAACAAAUUGCCUGAUCGCCUUAAAGAGUUGAACGCCAAAGCACUAAAACCAAGGCUUUAUAAGUGGCUAACUGAAAAACACUUGUAUAAUAUUAAUGACAUUUUAAAUUGACGGUUCCUUUAAUUAAUGAAAUUGUUCUAAGUUUUAGUAUUGACAUUUAAAUUAUGUUGUAUGUACAGUCAAGGGCAUAAAUAUAUAUACAUUCCUAAAGUUUAAAAAAUAUGUGUACAUUAGACAAUAAAGUCGUGUUCACAUAUUUGUGUGGAUCGAUAUUUUUGCCUUCGACUGUACCUGUCCAUUUUGUCUAAUGUUGUAUAUCCUAGAGUUUAGGGUGUAAAUUUGCAUGCUACUAUGUUGUUAAUCAUGUGUUACCUAAUAACAUUAGCAUA